GAUACGCCUGUUUUCCGGUGUGGCUUCGCCGUCAUGAAAGAGAUUGAUCAGGCGUAGAUGUCCUUGCGCACCUAAAGCUGGGCGGUCUCACAGCGCACAGCCAAACGUGCGUACGUGGCGUUCGUUCGGUGGUCCCGCCGCCGUACGAGCUGCGUGCGGAGGUGCACGGAUCUACUCGCAGCUGUAGGGCUAAAACAAUCAUGCUUUCGUGGAAUUUAUCGCUAUGGCUGGUCUGCUUUCUCCUCGUGGCGGCUCUUCUCGGGCUUAUAAUGUAUAUGUUUAUCUGUCUCUCCGAUUUGGAGAAUGAUUUCAUCAAUCCGCAUGACUCGGCGUCGAGGAUCAACAAGUGCAUUUUUCCUGAAUACAUCGCGCAAGGAGUUUUGACCACAAUUUUUCUACUUUCUGGAAGAUGGUUUUUGUUUGUUUGCAACGCUCCGCUGGUCGUCCACCAUGUUCGCAAAUAUUCCCGAAAGGAGCAUUUGAUUGACGAGACAGAGAUAUUUAAUGUUCUUGCGCAGGAGAAGAGAUAUCGUCUGCUGAAGCUGCUCUUCUAUUUGUUGCUCAUUGUGAUUGUGAUAUAUAGGCUUGUCGAGGCAGGGGUGUCGGUGCUGCUAGUCGAGGACAAUUGAUGGAGGGAAAAUGCCAUGCUUUGUGUCUGCUGGGUAUCGGAUCGGAGAUCCAAAGUCGAGUCCACGACGGCUUUCCUGGACAUAGACGAAUCAAGUCUCUUCUCAUCUCAUUCAGCUGCUGCUGCUGGCGCUGCUGGUGUUGGCGUCUUCAACUACGCGAACAAUACUUCUGUUGUGGCUGCUGUCUUCCAUUUUGAGCUUUCACAGGACUCUGCUGCUGGUGUGCGGGGUUGGUCGGUCACACAGCGGUCAGUGAGAGCCCAGAAUGACAGGCGACUGGACCCAGGUGGGUGGUUUUGUGUUUUCUUUUUUUGAAAGGGGCAACGGCCUUGAGAUAUCAUCAUCGUGAAACUGACCGUUCCCGGGUCAUUCAGGAAUUUCAUUACGCUGGUUCCAUCUGGAUUCGAACUCAGGUCUGCAUUUCAACAGCUCACAGGUGUACCAACUCAGCUUAAGCUUGUUGGUGGUGUUUUCGUGUUCUUUCUUUCUUUCUUGGGAUGUGAAAUAUUGUGGGGGUGCCUGCAGUGUGUAAGUGCGCGUAGUGCUUUGGUACCUUUUAUUCCGUUCCCGACCUUGUUGUCUGCUUUCUUGCUUUAUCAGUUUCAGCUUGCGGUAGCGCAUUUUUCAGGCAGGAUAACCGACUGAUGAAUUCAAUCGGUUGUGCUGGUAGUGCCUUGAUUGGAAGAUAAUGUUCUUCAUAAGUUUCUCUGUGACGGACAAGGUAGCGAUUGUGCUACACUGAACUAAAUUAGCAUUUUUGGCUCAGCGUUCUCAUGCCCGCCGGUUGCAUUGCUUCUCUACCUGCAGGGAUUUGGGGGGUUGGUGUUUGGCUUAAGUAGGUAUAGGUAUUCAAAGUUGAAGCCGGAAUUUGGUGAGCGAUUCGAUUCUCUUCCCCUUUUUAAUUGUGUGCUCGUGGAGCUCUCUUCUUGCAUCGACAAAUGGGUGUCCAGCUUGCCUGCUUUUGGGGUUGUGGUGGCUAGUUCUGCCUAGCAUAGCAUUUUUCGUACUCGUCUAUCAAUAGCUGGCCCCCAUAGCGAGCAUGUUUCGUACUUGUUUGUCAGUAUCUGGAGCCCAUAUUAGAGC